AUGGGUGCCAAAGUAGGAUUCGCUGCCAGCGCGCGUCAGUUCUUCCUUGGUGGUGAGGCUACGUCCAAAGAAGAAAGGAAGCUUGUCAGAAAAUUAGAUUUCUUUAUUCUUACCUACUGCUGUUUCAGCUACUUUUUCAACUUCCUUGAUCGUUCCGCCUUCGCAAAUGCCUACGUUGCUGGUCUUCGUGAAUCACUCAACAUGAGUGGCCACGAUUACAAUAAUGUUCUUUCUGUCACAACCGCUGGAAUGGCUAUUGGUCAACUUCCCAAUGGUAUUAUUAUCCAAAGGGUCAAGCCUCGUAUCUGGCUUCCCUCUAUGGUCGUCUUUUGGGCUGCUAUGACUAUGCUGAGUGCUGCUGUUACCAAUGUCACCCAACUUUGCGUCAUCCGUUUCUUCCUUGGUCUUGCCGAAGCGAGUACAUACUCUGGCGCCAUGUAUAUCAUCGGAGCAUGGUACAAGCCUGAAGAAAUCCAGAAGCGAACCGCUUUGUUUGGCGUAUCUGGUCAGAUUGGUACCAUGUUUGCUGGUGUUAUGAUGACGGCUAUCCACAAGGGUAUGAGAGGAAUGGCCGGACUACAAGGUUGGCAGUGGGUUUUCAUUAUCGAUGGUAUCAUUACUCUUCCCAUUGCCGUCUUUGGGUUCCUUUAUUUCCCUGAUACGCCCGAGAAUACUAAAGCCAGCUAUUUGUCUGAGUCGGAGCGAAAAUUGGCCCUCUCCCGAGUUCCUAGAAUUGCUGAAGGAGGCCAUAACAUUAUGCCCAUGUCGCUCCUCAAGAGAGUCUUCCUGACCCCCAUGUUCUGGAUUCUCUUCUUCUGGUCUCCCGUCUGUGCCAGCACGGAAGGUUUCCCUUUCCAAAACAGCUUUCUCCUCUGGCUCAAGUACUAUAACGACCAGUUCUCUCAGACCCAGAUCAACACGUAUCCUCUUGGCGUUCAAGCCGUUGGUAUUUUGGCAAACAUGGUCGCCGCUUGGUACAUGGAUGCUACUGGACAGCGAGUACCAAUGGCUAUCGCCUGCAUCAUCCUCCAGAUUGUCGUGGGAUCCAUGCUUCUUGUCAAGAACCUGUCAGUGGGUGCAACAAUGUUUGCAUUCUAUCUUGCUGGUUCUGCCUACAUGGUAAACCCACUCAUCUUUGGUUGGGCGAACAUCAUCCUGCAACGAACUGGUGAUGAUGCUCUACGAAGUAUCACGCUUUACUGCAUGAAUAUCGGUUCCAUGUCGAUGUGGACCUUUUGGGGUAUUAUUUUCUACAGUGCUGCUGAUGCACCUUACUGGAAGAAGGGUUCCAUUGCUCUUCUGGGCGGCUGCGGUGUUAUGUUUUGCUAUAUGUGGCUCGUCGUUUACGUUGACAGAAAGACGAUGAAGAAGCAUGGAGAUGGAAUGGGUGAUACGGAGGAGCCUCUGGAAGCUGGUGAGGAUGAGAAAAAGCCUGCCACCCCGGUGGUAACAGAGAAGCAGACUAGCACAUAA